AUGAAAAGCCACGCACAGGUCCAGGUUCGCCUCCUGACGCAUAAUAUCCGAUAUGCUACUACGAGUCCAUUUAAAGGCGAGAAACCAUGGGCAGAGCGACGGCAGCUCCUCCUUAAUGAGCUAUGCUUCAAUACACUGUAUAGUCCUGAAAGCUUCAUUUGUCUGCAGGAAGUUCUGCAUAACCAGCUGGUGGAUAUCAUGGUCGGUUUGAACAAGACGGCUUAUGAAUGGGAUUAUAUCGGCGUUGGUCGUGACGACGGAAAGGAGGCAGGCGAAUACAGUCCUAUUAUCUACCGCCCAAAGAUCUGGAAACUGGAGUCUUGGAAGACGUUCUGGCUCUCCCAGACCCCUGAUAAGCCCUCUAAAGGCUGGGAUGCGGCAUCCAUCAGGAUCUUGACCGUGGGCUUCUUUCAGCACAAGGAGAGCAAGAGGAGGGUUAUAGGCAUGUGUACGCAUCUGGAUGACCAAGGGGGAACGAGUCGAACGGAGAGCGCGAAGCUCAUCCUCAAAGUCGUGGAUCAGGCUAGCUCUGGGGGCAAUUCUUCAGACCCGGUACCCGUUUUCCUGGCAGGCGACCUGAACAGCGAACCCUCUGGCUCGGCGUAUCAGAUCUUGAAUGGGAAGAAUUCGACGCUACAGGAUGUAAACGAUCUAGCGCCGGUCAAAUCUAAAUACUACACUCUGGCCAACCCGGAUACCUUGACCAAGUACAAGGUAGCCGCGCAGAUCUCUCAGAAGGUACUUCAAGAGGUGACAGGAUGGUGUGUCGAAGGCGCCAAUAUUGUGGAACUCUGCGAACGCGGCGACAAGCUACUCGAAGAGGAAGUUUCAAAGGUCUACAAGGGCAAGAAGGUCUCAAAGGGCAUCGGCCACUGCACUACCGUCUCUCCGAACUCAUACAUCACUCCAUACACUCCCUUAAAGUCAGACGCCGAGGAGGCCGCUACCACACUGAAGGCGGGCGAAUGCAUUAAGAUUCAGCUUGGGGCUCAGAUCGAUGGCUUCCCUGCCAUUGUGUGCGAUUCCAUCCUGAUACCGUCCGAGAAGAAAACUGACGGCGAAAUCUCUGGUCGAGAGGCAGAUCUUCUCUUAGCCACAUACUACGCAAACGAGUUGUUGUUGAGGUUGAUGCUUCCACCGGGUCUGGUUGCUUCUGGCAUGGAGGAGGAGCAGAAGAAGGCGGCAGCACAAAAGCCUUAUACCCAGGGUAAAAUUACGCAAAUGCUGGAAAAGGUUGUACAGGCCUACGAUUGCAAUCUGGUUGAGAGUACUACUAUCUGGCUAUUCGAGCACAAUGAAAUUGAAGCCAAGAAGAAGAUCAUUCUAGCACCAGGCGAAGGUGUCAAGGGCGAAGGCCUGCCUGAGGUUGGGGAAGUGUGGGGAGUUGAGAUGGGCGUCAGCUUGGGUGGUGGCAAGGUCAAGACCCUUAGCAACAGGCCCACUCUGCACCGCCGCACAGCUACUACGUAUGGAUUGAAGAGGCCAACGUCGAGGGCAACGUUGUCUGAGGUGGUCAAGAAAUUUGGAACCUUCCCUUUCAGUCUGAGGCAACUGGACGACGAGAAGGCAGCCAAGGUCGGUGUCGUCGAAUGUGUCCGAGGAGGUGUGCUCCGUCAGUACGAGGUUGUUGGUGACAAGAACAAUGAUCCUGUCGCUAGGCUCUUCACGACUGUUGCUAUCACAAAGAACGGAAUGACGCGCUUGGCUGCACCGCCUCCUCCUAAUCUAUCCAAGUACAAGACCGACAAGAAGAUCACCGACGCGGAGGUUCUGAAGAUUUUGGAGCAGCCCAUUGGCAAGACAUCAACCAAGAACAAGAACAGGAAGAAGAAGAAGAAGGCCGCCAAGAAGGCCGAGAGUGAAGAGGAGGAGAGCACUCCAGUCGCCAUGCCGCACUUGCGGAAACGCAAGUCCUCGAGGAACUCAACGCCCCUCAACCUUCACGAUGCGCCUUCGCCCACCUUAGAACCGACGAAAGCCAAAACCCAAAGCUCUCUGGACUCUUGGAUUGAACCCCCGCUAAAAAAUCCCACUCCGUCGUUCGAAGACCACGGCUUCGCGCGACACGGCGUCCUCGAGACUAUGGCUCCUCUCGGCGUGCCCCCGUCCGCAAAAGCAAGGCAGCGAGCUCGCGCGUCCGGCGAUCCGACUACCCGACGUUCACUCUUUGUCCAAAACGGCAAUGUGCUGGCCGGCGAAGAGGGUGUGUCCACCCCAGAGUUGACGCCAGCCCCGGAGGUUGAGCAGGACGAUUCGGAGAGGCCAGACGACGAAGAGAUGCAGGCCGUGCUUCCCACACAGGACGAGGAGGAAGAUGACGAUUAUGUGCCAAAAAAGAGCAAGGGAACCCCAAAGGCUGUAAAGGCUCCGGUCAGGAGAAGUAAGACUCCUGUCGGCAGCAAGACCCCCAUCCAGAGCAAAACACCAGUCAAAAAUGGUAUCAGCAAAACAAUGUCAACUCCGGCUCGCGACCCAGUACCACAGGGCACUCCGCCGAACGUCGCCGUCGCCACCAGGCAGCGCAUGCAGAUAGCCGUGAACGACGCCAUCGCUCGAGCGAACGCGAAUUUUCAACAGAACAUCGGCACCGCUCUGCGACAAAUGCACGACGAUAGCCUAAACGACUCUUACAUUGCGUCCGUCAUAGAAUCAGUCAUUCAUCAAACUUCUACGCCGGAGCAGUUCCAAGCGUUCCGCCUUUACAUCAAGAGCGCAAAGAAACGCGCGAAACUUCAGGCAAGGGAACGCCAAUCAUCGGAGGUACGAGGAGCUUCCUUUCACCGUCCAGCGAAUUUUCCAGCUUUCACUGGCAGACACACAACGGUCAAUUCGCCUUCAAAUUUCAAAGCUGCUAGAGAGCAGCACGACACCACUGUUACCCCACCACAGCAACCACCGACAGUCAAUCCGAACAUGUCGGGUGAAGCCAUGCCCGAGGAUUCAAUUGCAGUUGCGUCCCCAGCUAAAGCACCACCUCAUCCCCUCAAUAACGCCCCUGCACUAACUGCAACGCGCUCACCAUCAUCACAAGCGUCACGAAUACCGUCAAAGUCGCCGCCAAAACAGCAAGUAACCAAGGGAGAGUCGUCCUCACCAGAAGCGGAUGUAGACGCUUCAGCUGAACCGUCCACUAAAGCUCCGUCCGCGAAUGCCCCAAGUCCCUACUCUGUUGAUGCCAGCGACAGCGAUCUUUCUGAGGUCAACGAGGAGAUCGUCCAGAAUGGACCACCAGGGUCAGCUCAGGUCAACGGUAAUGGGGCUGCUACUGUUUCGAAGAAAGGAAGAAAUGCGGCGCUUGCUCGGGCUGGGAAGAAGGCACGAGCAAACUCGGCGAAGCCUAGCGGCAAGAAAGAAAAGAAGCAUCCACCAACCCCGCAAGAGCUGGCUGAAGAGGAGGAGCUUCAUCAAAAGAGACAGGCCAUGGUGGAUCGUCAGCGGUCUCGUAUAAACUUCAACCCGCCCGUAUCCGACAUUCGUUUUGAGGACGAGAUUCACGAGACUGAGUCCAUCUCCUCAUCACAAUUUGCUCUUGGGCCCCCUGUCGAGACAAUCCGCGUCCGCCGUGUUGGUCGACCAGCGCGUAACAAUACCAUCCACAUCCCAGCUACGCUUGGAAAGCGGUUGCGCGAGGACGACCCGAGUCUACCUUCACCACAGCUCAAAUCAGCCCGCCCGUCGCGUCCGACAACGCCAGCUGUGCCUGGCCCAGCUGCUAAGCGACUUAAGUUGACCAACGGCCAAUCUGCAAGGACCAAGCGAUCGCCGGUCAAAAAUCGGGAUGGACCGAUCGCUGGAAUCCCGCAUAUGGGUGGUGGUGGCGGUCUGAGACCGUUGGGGCCUGAUGACAAUGAGCCGGGCUCCCCACCUUCAGAGAGCGACGACUAUUGCGCUGCCUGUAAAGGCACGGGUGAAUUCAUCUGUUGUGAUGGAUGUCCACGCGUCUUUCACUUCCUCUGUUGUGACCCACCGCGCAUCGAUGCUCCUGAAGGAUCUUUCUUCUGUCACGAGUGUGAGGCGCGUCAGAAGCGUAUCGACGACUCCGUGGAAUCCUUCUCUCCGUUGGUGUCACUGUUCAAGAAGCUUGAAGGCACGAACACGCGAUCUUUUGCUCUUCCUACUGAGAUCCAGACCUUCUUUGAAGGCGUCGAAGCUCGUGAAGAUGGCUCUUACGGCGAACAGAUAAAAAAAUAUCCUCUCUCGAAGAGCAGCGGCUACGGCUAUCAGAAGCCUGAUUACGUGAAGCUUAAUGACACCAACCACAAGGCCAUUCUUUGCGUCAAGUGUUCCGAGUCUGCUGGGGCUGCGCCAGGAGCUAUUGUCAAGCGACCGAUGCUCCAAUGUGACUUUUGCCAGGACCACUGGCACCUAGACUGUUUGGAUCCGCCGCUCGCAAACCCGCCGUUCAUAGGUCUGGAGGCAACGCAUCGCGACGCUUGGAAAUGCCCACGUCACAUUGAUCACGAACUUCGCAGCGGACAGGUUUUGCAAAAUGAUUUGAAUACUGUCAACAGUGUUGAUAUCGAGAUGGAAGAUGUCGCCCCUGUCACCCGAGUCGCCCGCAAGAUCCGAAAGCCGAGGAUCCCGACCGUUUACGAACCAGCUUUCUCACGUGGCGUCCAUAACAACGGGCUUAUCGAGAUCAUCAAUGAUGACGGUGAUGAUACAGACGGCGAAGGCAACUACAUUUUCUCGACACGUCCUCGCGAUGGUCUUGACGAAGAGACAGAUCAGUUUGCCAAGUUGUUCCGUGUUCCUGAGAAAGGUCUCGUGCUUGAUUUCAUUGACAGGGUCAAGAAUUCUCGUAUCGAGAAACGAAAGGCUGAAAAGAAGGCUGUGAAGGCUGCUGUGAGGGCUGUCGCGAAGCGCAAGGCUUCACUUGAGGCUUUCGCCGCUAGGCCGAUCGCUACACAGCAGGCUGCACUUCACCUCGUGCAAUAUGCCAAUAAAGAGGAGGACAUCGGACUCAAUGAGACGAGCGUCCAAGGUUUGAUUCUGGGUCUCACAGCCGAAGCCCCCAACGACGUUGUCACUGCCAUCUCUGACGCUGGACCUGGAUCCCUUACGGAGCAGAAACGAGCCGAAUUGCUGAAGCUUAAGGAGUUGAUCGAUCGUGCUCUGAAGAAUUGA